AUGCUUGUGUGGGAGGGAAGGGAAAGGAAGUACAUGUAAGUGGCUCUCUCGAUUCCAGUCCCUCUCCAUCUCUCCGAAUCUUCACAACUGUUUGGAAGCAAAAAUUAACAAAAAGGCCUUGCAAUCGAAGUUCACGCUGCUUUUAUUUAAAAAUUCAAAGAUACAGUCCGUCAAUGGAUCAAAGGAACACUAUAGUAAGUUAAAAUCGAAUUUCAAAAAAAUCGAAUUUCAUAAAUAUACAUGUACAAAAGUUGACUUAUCCCUCUCUCAUUUGCGAAUAAUUUGACCUUUCCUGCGAGAGACUAUCAUUAUUAAGUAAAAAACACAGAACAUUUUGACCAUUAAAAUAAAGCUAAUAUAUGUGGAGCAGUCUAUUUGCUGCACGGGAAGGCUUUGGGAAGGUGCCUAAAAGUACUUCGUUUCACAUGUGACAAUUAUUACCACGUAAUGCGGAAUGUGAUUUUUAAAAAAGCAGGUAAAGAACUGCGAAUAUGUUUCCAAAAACAGUCAGUUGGUCAGUUUACAACAUACUGAACCGAUACAUAAAACCUUUUCAGUUAAUUUAACUUCGGAUUUACAUACCAACAAAAUCUUGUACAGGGUGCUGACAGCCCUCGUAAUUUCGAGCUUGGAUAUCCCUAACCCCUCGAAAUCUCGCUCCCUUCUUCUCCAUAAAACGCACUGUGUCUUCCCAAACAACUAAAAUUUUGACCAGUUUUACUGUUCCAAACUUAGCCAUUAAUUCAGAAUGUGAGUCUAUAUAAUAUUGAAAUUACAAACAACGAUAAAAAUGUUAACAAAAUCUAGAACAGUUUAAGACUCAUACUAUAAACUAAAAAAAUUAAAAUGCUAUUGAAUGAAAGAAAUAUAAGUCGUUUCAGUACCCCUUGACCGACCUGGGUGGUGAGAACAGUCUAUCUGAAAACAAUCUGGAGAAAAGGUUUCCACAAGACCACUAAUCUAUGAAUCAGAGUCCAUCACAUACAUAUACAUCCUGUAGGCUACUACAAGAUUAUACUCCCAUAAAAAAAACAUCUCCUUUCUGAAGUCAUGUGUACAGUAUUUGAACAGAAUUGUACUGUACUACAGAUACCACUCUAUUACCACCCUGUUUAAAUUGAAUGACAACUGUUCUUAAUUUUCUUUGUCAAUAUUUGUGUAUUCUCACAUCUCUUUUGUUUCUUUUAAUGUCAUUGCAGCCGUUUAGCAUUGGACAUAUGUGAGUAUUGAAAAUGGUACCAUGAUUGUAGUAUAACAUGCCCAAAAGUCUAAAUAAGUGGCUGUCUAAUAUUGUUACUUUUUACGUUUAUGCCUUUAGACCUGCUAUCCUUAUUGCAGAGUAAAACACUUUAACAUGUAGUUAACUUUGCACAAUUUUAGUAAGGCUGGUGGGGCUGAUUAGUAUGAAUACUGACAAGUCUACUUGAAAGAGGGUCCCCACCCCCACCCCUUGCCCUGAACAAGUGCUGUGCAUUUACAUUUAGGAGAAUGCAGUGCUUAUUAAUUAUUUCUUAUUGUUUUUAGCAUUGCUUAUGCUGAUAUUCGCCACUGUUUCUAUUCUUUAUGUGGGACCUGAAGGGGACAUUUUUGUUUACCCUACAACAUUUUUCUUAGAGCAUGUACCAAGACAGUUUAACUUAUAUCUUAUGCUACAGUGGAACCUCAAUAUAGCGAAACUCUAUAUAAUGAAGUCCUCGGUAUAACGAACGAUUUUCCUUGCCCUGGUAAUAGUAAAAUAAAUGAAAAAGAACCUCGAUAUAACAAAAUCUCCUUAUCGCGAACAAAUUUUGCCAUUCCCUUCGCCCCUUGUUAUAUUGAGGUUUCACUGUACUGGUAAUAAUAAUAAUAAUUAUUGAAUAACCAUAGUACAGCAUACACUCUGAUUGGUCAGUUUAACAAUUGCUGCAAGUGGGUGCAAGCUGAGGACAGUAAGUAAGCAUCACAGCUGUGCACUAAUGACUCAUAAUGUGUUACAAAGGUUUUUUUAUUUGCUAAGAGACACUUUUGUGCUUGUUCUCAGCUUAGCAACCUCCUGCUUGCAUCCAUAACUAAUUGGUGCACUAGCUGAGCUAUUUAACGAUAAUUUUUAUUAACAUUUUGAAGUGCUACAGUAAAACUGAGAAAGAAGAUUUUUCAAUCAAUGACAUUUGCGGCUCGGAAGAAAAACUCUGAGUUUUCCCAAUAGGAGUCAACCCUACAUGUAUGACCUUCUUAUUACUAGUACAGAUGCUCAACCAUUAAGCUAUGGUAGACUUGUGGGAGCAAAGGCCACUUUCGAGCCGCCUCUGUCACUGACUAAAAACUCGCAUCUCUAUAACCGUAAAACUACAUUCAUGUAUUACAGUAGAACCUCAAUAUAAUGAAGGACCAAGGGACUUUCAAAAUUUGUUCGCUAUAAUUUUCCAUACAUUUUACUAUUACUGGGCUAAUGAAAAUCAUUCAUUAUAUUGAGGACUUUGUUAUAAGAGAGAUUCCACUGUAUUUACUCCCAAGGCAGGGUUGUCACUAAGACUUCAUGUUGCUGGGUAUAUGCAACAAGUAGACGGGGAAUUGAACAGUUAGGAAGUUCUUCUGGUUCUAUUUUCCUAUUUUGUCUCAUGAAAGUGGUCGGGAGACAUGCAUAUAUGAACCGGGGGAAAUCCCUGGCUCCCACCCUUUAGUGACAGCACUGCAGGGCCUACAGUAUUAUCAAAUUGAAAUAAAUAGAGAUAUACUUUAAGCACUAAAAAAGCAGUUGUUAAUAACAAGCCCACUAGAAAAUCUAAUGGCUCUGUAAUACAAUCAUUAUUAUUAAUAAUAAUGGCCUUCUCACAGUACCUUCUGAUUUCUUUGAUUUCUUUGUUCUUCACAGCAACCAGGAUCUUGAUAGGCUAGAGGUGAGUAACAGUUUACACUCAGUUAAUUUUAAAAAUACAUUUUUACACGUAUUUUGUAGAUAAAAUUAUGUCAAUGCAUAGAAUCUCAAACCCAGACCUUCUAAGCCUGUGGGAGAAACAUACACUGUAUGCUACAAUACUGACAAGUUUGGUAAAAUCAACAUGUCACUCAAUCUGCUUACUUGAAUUACUGUAUUGAUUAGGCGCCCUGGGUGCUUAUUAAAUUUUUUGAGCCUUGCAAGUGGGAGCUUAUUUGAGGUUGGCGCUUGUUUGAGGCAUGUGUAUCAUCUGUAAAUGGCCAGGUCAUUCAAUGAGAAGCAGAUAGGGCAUUAAAGAAAUCAUAAGCAAUACUCUUCUUGUCCACUUCUUCUUUUUUGGGGGAGGGGGGAGGGUGGUGGGUGGGGGGGGGGGUUGGUGCAUAUUCUAAGAGGGGCACUUAACAAAAUAAAUACGGUAUUUGGAAGUGACACUCAUUCAUCCAUGACAGAUUGCAUUCUGUCAAAUUAAAGAUUGAAAACUUCCCAUUGUGGCCAAUUUGAAACAAUGAAUGCUGGUUGAUUUUUGCAAUGUAACAGUAAAGCUCACAGUAUGCCUUAUUUAUUGCUCUAACAGGGACCAGAAUUAAAUGUAACUGACAAUGGGAGACCUGUGCAUGUUUGCACACAGGAGACGACAACACAGCCCCUGAACAUCGUUUAGUAAGUUGUCAGUUAAAAGGUUUAAAGGUGGCCAACCCAAUUAGCUUGAGUGACCAUGUUCUGUAGUCCUAAAGCAACUUAACUAAAAUCUGAUGUGACAAUUCAUUCAAAGUGAACAUAACAAAUUGCUCUUAUUUUAUUUAAAUUUAGAUUUUGAAGUUGCAUUAAGAACGUAAAUUGAGAUAAUGCUUUAAAAGUAAUGAAUGUGUGUCUCUAGGACAGGCAACCAUAUAAGCAUUGAUAAAGCCAACUUCACAAGGAAAUUAAAACAGAACUUGAAUCUCCUAGUGUAUGCCUUUUUUGUAAAGGAAAAAAAAAUAACAGUGCCUUAUUAUGUGCAUGCAAUGGUUCACUUUGCCAUUUAGAUUUAAUUUGCUUGCAAGUUAUGACAAAUUUCAACAAAAGAAUAAUAUUAUCGGUAGAUAACAUUUCAUUUAAAAACUGUGUUAAAAGAUUGUGCUUAUACAAGUACUACCACCCAGGCACAUCAAAAGCUGACAACUACUCGUGUGCCUACACACAAAACAGUACACAACAAUGUAUACCCAAACCAUAGGGAUCCCAAGUGCUUUCUGGUUUAUUGAUUCUCAUGCCACAAAUCAAACCAGAUCACUUUUCGAAUGUUUGUCUGUACCUUUCUUUGUUCCUUUUCGAGAGGAUUAUCAUCAGAGUGAAGAUGGUUUCUCCACUUUGAUUUUAACCAAUAAAAUUGCUUCAGGCAAAUCAGAAACUGGAGAUGACAAUACAGCUGUACAAUGCCUCAAGUUUUUGGUACACAAGUAGCAUGUAUAUUAAUUCCCUGUUUUCUAAACAACUUCCUUACAACAAAAUCUUGACUGAGUCUUAACAACACAUAAAUCCCAUGUGAAGAACAUGUAAAAUUUAUUGUAAACUCUUCUUGGCUAUCAUUUUUAACUCUUAUGAUUGGUCAAAAUCUUUUAAAACAAAAAAACACCCUUUAAAAAUGGAGUACAUAUUAUUUUGCAAACUGCCUUUAUGUUAGCCUGCGUGCAGACGAAAUUAACCUCUGGUUAACUCCGUCUGCGAAACAGCGCCGAAAUCCUUGUUCUGGACUUCGAGCUGUGUACCCAGAUUUGAGUACGCGCCACGAAUGACCAGUUAAAAAAGGCCAUUGUUUUGUUUGUCGUGAUCGCCAAUCAGGUUGAAGGAGAAUUCGAAACGCACUUCAGGUAAUUCGUUGAGUCCAUUGGGGGUCCAGAACAAGGAUCUCUGCGCUGCUUCGCAGACGGUACUAAUCAGAGUUUAGUUAUCGUCUGCACGCAGGCUACCUUUAUGUAAGUUUAUGCAAAAUGUAAAUUUACUCCGUAGACAGUCUCCACUACCUGCCUAGAUUAACUCUAGCUAUUUUGCAGGCUAGUGUUAGUAAGUAUCUAAUACUUUGCAAAAAUCUGUCAAUAAUCUUUGAACUUUAUGCAUUCUCUGUGUGAAAAUGAAAACAUCCCCAUGUGAGGAAAGUGUAUUGCACCAUAACAAAAGAAAUUGCUUCCCUUCUUAACCGGAUCAUUGCUUAAGUAUUAACUAUUACACUACCCAGAUUGAGUUUCUGGUUUAGAGGGUGAGUUAAAUGUAAUAGUUAAUACUUGAAACUCAAGACGUCAAUGUUGAGUCCAGUAUCUCAUAUGUUUGGACAAACUAUCUUUCCUCUUUUGCAAAUCCUUCUAAAAUGACCAAAGACACAGACACACUGGCAAAUCAUUUCGAUUUUCAGAAUGAUGAUGUGAACGUUACAGUGGAAAUAAUUUCAAUGAUGUUAUGAUCACGGAUUGUUGUUUUGAUUUUAUUGCAAUGGAGUGAACAAAAGAUUCCUGCGACCAAACAAUCUCUUAAGUGGAUGUAAAAUGCAUACAUGUCUGUAAAUCAACAUUCCAGGAAUUUGGCAAAUUUGUUGUUUACAAAUUUAUUAUUACAUGUAUAUCUUCCCAGAGUCUACACGUGCUGAAGAGUGUUAAGGAGCUCUCCUAUGUUCCACUUUAUCACAAGCUAUAAAAAUAAUAGAAUAAACACUACUGCCGCUAAGAAAUAAUAUGAUAAAAUCAUUUCAUGGAAUUGCUCACUGUUUUGAAAACAUGUACACUAAUUAUGUACAAUAAAUUCUUGUUUUCAGUGGAGAAGUUAGCUUUCAGCCAGUAGUGUACUACGAGGAAGAAGAAAAUCAGGAGGCAAACACUGACAGGGUAAGGCUACACCAUAUUAUUGAGAGAACUACAGGUACUAGCAUGCACUUUUCUUCUGUCCUUAAAUAUUCUCCUUUGCUUACAUAG